GGGACUGUCAUCAUCGUUGAAGUCGGAUCUGAAUUGAACAAAGGGUAACUUAACUAAUUUCGUGAUGUGUUAAUCUUAGACGUUCCAGUUAUGUAGGACGUCUUUUUAAGAUUUCAAAAAGACUGCUGAAGGCGAGGAUUUCUCUCCGUUUCUCCGGGACAAAGAAGAGGUCUACGUGGGCAGGACAGGUUUUUAGCAAUGGGAGCUGUUCUUUCCCGGUGGAAGGCAAAGCCUUCCACAGUGGAGCUGUUGGAAAGCUUGGACAAGGACAUCAAGGACCUUGAGGAGUUUCGGGCAAAGAACCAGCGCCUGCAGAAGCUGUGGGUGGGCCGCCUGCUCUUCUACUCGUCCAUGCUCUACCUAUUCACCUGCCUGUGCGUCUACUUCUGCUACCUGCCCGACGAGUGGGGCGCUCGGAUCGUCAUGGCGCUACCGCUGCUGGUCUUUCCCGUGCUAGUGUGGUUCUUGAGAAAACUCCUUAUCUUCUUGUUUUCCAAACGAACUGAGAGAAACAAUGACAAACUAGAAGACUUGAAAGUAGAAAAAAAGAAGAUAUUGGAAGAGGUCAUGGAGAAGGAAACUUACAAAAAUGCCAAACUGAUCUUAGAGAGAUUUGACCCAGACGCAAAGAAGAAAGCCGAAGCGGAAUCCACUCCCUCGGGAUCUCAUAUGACACCAAGACCAGAUCUCCGUCGGCGUAACGUUCCCAUGGGAACACCGGUGCCAGGGCAACGUCCAGGCCCACCCCUGGGCGCCACGCCGACGGGUACCCCCGUGAUGCCCCGCGCUGCCCCAGGUGGGCCCCCCGAGGCGGGCGCGAGCACGAGCGCUGCCCCCCCCCUGAGGAGUCCGCACAUGGGGCCAGUUGGCCACCAACCCCCCGGUCCUCAGUUGGUACGACCCAUCCUGCCCAGGGAGAGGGGGCCAGUGGACCGUGUCAUUGAGUAUCUGGUGGGAGACGGACCUCAGAACAGGUAUGCGCUCAUCUGCCAGCAGUGUUUCUCCCAUAACGGCAUGGCCCUCAAGGAGGAGUUCGAGUUUGUCGCCUACAGGUGUGCCUACUGUUACUUCCUGAACCCAGCCCGCAAGACACGCCCCCAGGCGCCCCGCCUCCCAGAGUUCAGCUUCGAGAGACGCCUGCGCUCGGGCUCUCCGGCCCCAGAGUCCUCGGCGGCGCGGGACAGCGCUGAGGACAGCGACGCGGGCACAGAGAGGAUAGGUGGUACUGGAGGUGUUGCGUCGGGUAGUGCUUCUCCCCCGACUUCAGCAGCUGCUCCAUGGAAUAAAGUACACAGUUUCAGCAGUUCCCCAAACUCAGGCGAGCCAGAGGGCGAACUGGCCUCAGACCAGCACGAUACGGUUGAGGCGCCGCCCACUCAGGACGUGAUGGAGGAAGAGGAGGAGUCAGAUGUGCCUGUGUCACCACGUAGCCCCUCCCCCAUGUCACAAGAGGACAGUGAAGCAGGCGGGGCAAGGAGCAGGAGGCAGGAAGUGGAGGAUUCGGAGUGAUAUCAGUUGAUUUGUGAUUUUAAUAAAUCAUGACGGUCGUCUUCUCGGACGUAUGUGCGUGCUCUGGUAGCUUGUUUGACAGAUUUGGUUAUGGGGUUAAAAGAUGACAGUUUUAUUCCCUUUGGCUUCCCUCAUGUUUACAUGAUUUAAGUUUCCUUUUAUUUGCACUGCAUAGGCCUGCAACUAGCAUGGAAUCAUUCUAGUUUAAGUUAAGAGGGUAGGAGUUUACAUAUUUUGGAUGAUCAAAUUGUCUUUCAAUGAGUCUUUGCCAAUAUUUUUUAUAUGAUCGGCCAUAUUUAUUUAUUAGUUCAAAAGUUUUUGAAAUGUUCAAAUUAACUAAUUGUCUUUGUGUCCAUUUGAAAUGCUAGUUUUUGUGCCUUUUCUGUCAAAAAAACAUGUUAGGUCAGCUCUUGAGAGAGGAGUUGGGAAACUCAUUUCCAUGACUUCAUCCUUUAAAACUUGCAGCUCCUUAUAUGUGCGGAUUGACAGUCUGUGUUCAUAUGAUUUCUGCCACUCCUAUGACAGUGCUAUCUCGUUUAAAAGACCUCAUUUUACCUUUCAUGUGCAGGAUGGGGUCACUACUGCUACAGUGCUUCUGUCCAGUGUUAUUUUAGAAAAUGUGCACUAUGAUUAACUGAUAAGUUAUCACUUUUGCUUUGUAUAUGUUGUUGUAUGCAGUCAUAUGGGUCCGUCUGCAGAGUUGUGUAUUUUGGAUGCCACAUGUCGAUAUGUCAGCUUUUGCUGAGUGUUUAUGCAUGGCAUGGCACGCCAAAUAAACUUUAUAACUUGACAAAGCUA